CGGCCUGGAGCCCUAAGGUUGAGCGGGAGCGCCUAUCAGCUGCUCCGGGAGGUUGCGAGCGUCGAGUGGGCGUCGAGCGGCGUUUGGGCGUGUGCCGCCCGCUGCCUGGGGCUGGCUUUGCGCGCACACAUUGUCCAAGCCGCCGUCACGGCAGCACCCGGGCGGAACGGGUGCCUCAGUGUUGGGUGCCAAUGCGGGGAGGGCGUUGCAAACACGGGGCUCCUCCGCCGCCUAGGUGGAAAGUUCGCCGCUGCAUCGGACCGACGGAGCCUUGACUAAGAGAGCAGCCGGUCUUUCUGCGGAAGGGGACGCGGAGUCUCGCGAAGGCGCUUUUCUCCUGCCAGGCACCACUCAAACUUUGCAUUUCCUCGCACGCUUCCAAUUUUUUUUAACCCUCUAAGAAAAAAAAGCAGCUUUGCUUUUCUGGUUUGCAAGGAAAACCUCCCAGGCUAUAAGUAGCACUUGUGUCGUGAGCAGACCCUGAGCUGGGGUAGCUCAGAAGAUGACAGAGUACAAACUGGUGGUGGUUGGAGCAGGAGGCGUUGGGAAAAGUGCAUUGACUAUUCAGCUGAUUCAGAAUCAUUUUGUUGAUGAGUAUGACCCUACCAUAGAGGAUUCGUACAGAAAGCAAGUAGUGAUCGAUGGGGAGACCUGCUUACUGGAUAUCUUGGACACAGCUGGCCAAGAGGAAUACAGUGCCAUGCGAGACCAGUACAUGAGGACAGGAGAAGGCUUCCUCUGUGUCUUCGCUAUUAACAACACCAAGUCCUUUGAAGACAUUCAUCAGUAUAGAGAGCAGAUCAAGAGAGUGAAGGACUCCGAUGAUGUGCCCAUGGUAUUGGUGGGGAAUAAAUGUGACCUUCCUGCCCGGACUGUGGAAACACGGCAAGCCCAGGAGCUGGCUCGGAGCUAUGGGAUUCCAUACAUAGAGACAUCAGCCAAAACUAGACAGGGAGUCGAAGAUGCCUUCUAUACUUUAGUGCGAGAGAUCCGGCAGCACAAACUACGUAAAUUGAAUCCCCCAGAUGAAAGUGGUCCAGGCUGCAUGAACUGCAAAUGUGUAAUAUCAUGACCAAGCGAACCAGACUGUGACUUGGAAGGCUUUCUACUGUGUGUAGCACGGAGAUGGAGGCGAUGUGAAAAUAUAAUCAAAUGGAUUCGGGGAAAGGAGAGAUGGGGUGGUGUCUGCAGGCCCUCCCCCAAAAGGGCUCCAAAUGGACAGUUUUAAAAAUUCACCAAGGCCUGCAGGGAACUGUUUUAUUGUUUAAAUCCCCCUCCCUUUUUUUGCCUUCUCUCCCCUUCCCCCCCUUCCUGGCAGUGUGUGUACAAAGCCACAUAAGGAAUUGCAGUGUUAUUAUUUGGUGGUCUUGACACUGGUUUUGCCAUCUGCGUCAUUGUUCCAAGGGAUUGAUUGAGAGUGUCUGAAAGGAGGCUCAUGCAGGGAAAGACCCAUCUCGUUUCUUCAAUCAGCUUGAGCUCAGCUCACCAAGGGCAAAGCUGGAUGCAUCUGCAAGUGUACUGGUUUCCCACUUUGGUGCUGCAAGCCAUGUAAGGCAGGGAGAUAACUCUAAUUCACGGCUUGAAGGGCUCCAUC